AUGGCAUCCAAUACCUCAGGCUACAAUUUGCGACCGCGGAAACGAGCCAGGUCCAAGUCGGCGGAGCCUGCGACGACUGCCGCCGAAACGUCUGCAAAGACACCGACCAAGGUUAAGCCCAGUGGGCCUUGGAAAGCUCCUCAGAAUGUGCCAAAGCCCAAAAGGCCUAAGAAGCUGCCGCUAUUGCGUCCUCCUCCCCAUGUUACAUCUGACAUCUUUCAUGAUCUCCCGGAGGAACUCUUGAUGUCGAUAUUCCAAUUUUUCAAGGCGCAGAUGCAAGACGGGAAGGACAUACUGCGCGAGAUAGGCUUUGCUGGAUACUCUGACACUAACCAAGUUAACGAACUCCUCACGUACGUAACUUCUCUCGGGGCGGUUAGGGACGUCAUGCGCGUUUUCGGCACCGCUAAUAUACAUCGUCUCGAGUCGUUGAAGCUGUCGACAAAGGACAAUCGAGGCCCGGCCAGGAACCUCGAGUACAACAACCCAAUCCAGGACUUGGGCCUGUACCGCCCCGCCGCCCGCAUCAGUACAACGGAGCUCAUUUGCGACAACUACAACCUCGACCACCUUCCCCUGAGCAUAAACGUCUCCAUCGCCAUCUCAUCCCUCCACACACUCCGCCUCCUACAGUGCGACAAAUCAACCAGCAUCUUCCCCAUCCUGUCGCCCAACACCUGA